UCGCGUCACAGACUUCGUCAUCGGAACCCGGAUAUACGUUCACCAUGAAGAUGACAGAGGAAAACAGUGCUGGAAACUCAGAAAUAACAAUGGAUGAUGUAAAAAACCUUAUUAAAAAGAAAGAUGACAUUGAAGAGCAAAUAAAAGCUUAUUACGAUGUUCUGGAAGACCAAGGUGUCGGAGUUGAAGAUCCCUUGGUUGAUGCGGAGGGCUUCCCCCGAGCAGAUGUUAAUUUAUACCAGAUCAGGCAAGCAAGGCACAGUAUUUCAUGCCUGCAGAACGACCACAAGGCCAUCAUGGAGGAGAUAGAAGAAGCCCUACACAAGCUGCAUGCUCGAGAGAAAGCCAAGCGGGAAGAGGAUGAGGCGGGAGGCGAGGAGGAUACGAUGGAGCUGCAGGUCACUCUUCCUCCUCCCUUUGCACGGGUGGAUGCUGUGUCACAAGGCUCACCCGCCUGCGGAGCUGGGCUCAAAGUUGGCGAUGAAGUCAUUGAGUUUGGUUCUGUGAACACAGGCAACUUUCAGAACCUCCAGAAUAUUGCGUCUGUGGUACAACACAGUGAAGGGAAACCAUUACGUGUCACAGUCAUCCGGGAUGGCCAGAAAGCCAACAUGAGCCUGACUCCAAAGCGAUGGUCAGGCAGAGGUCUGCUUGGAUGCAACAUUGUUCCAAUCCAUCGGUGAUCACCAUGACAAUGUGCCAAAUAUCCUCCACUUUUGCUGCAUCUGGAUAGUUUUCAACUGACUUUGUACACUGCAGACAUUUCCACUGGUUUGUUUUCUCAAUAUCUUAAUCCAAACUGGCACUAUUUUUAUUUAUCAGAAUGGGAUAUAUGAAAAUGAAGUGUCUCAGUGAUUCUGUUUAACAGGCCAUACUGAGUUCACUGAAUAAACACGAAGUGUGAAUUCACUCAGUGAAUGUCAUUACAAUGAGCUUAUUUCUUUACUCGUUACCUUUUAUGAAAAUGUUUAUUUUGGUGUAAAAGGUCUGGAGUAGUUGUUGAAAUAUCUUGUAGUGAUCUGAUGUGAUGCACGGACACUGAAAAUCAAUGACUGGAUAAAAAUAGUUAACUUUGCUAUAGUAAUCAAUAAAAGCUAAUUUUCAAAAAAGAUGACUCAUCAAAUGUUAUGCAAAAGCAACAGCAAAUCUUGGUAAGAUGAUGAAUCUUUACCAAAAUGUUUACACUUGAAUUAUAGAUUUUGUUUUGAGUGAACUUGAAAGAAAUUUAGUACAAUUUCUUCAUCUGAGGCAACAACAUACACUGUACUCAUUGUAUUGUCUUCCUACCAUUUAACUUUUGUCCUCUUGGGGUUAGAAUUUACCUAUUUCUUCGUUACACCUUCUUAGCCAAUUUAACUCGAUUUGCGGGCACGUUAAUGCUCGUGCACAGGACAGUAGAAAGGCCCUGGACGUACAAAGAGAGGCAGUGGGUGUUCAGUUCAAAUAACAAACAUCUGUCUCGAUAUCACUGACUCCAACUUUGUAGAAUCUUCAGCUAUAUAUUUUGCAAAGGCCACAACAACAAAAAAGACAAAAACCUGUAUGCUAAACAUUUAUAAGA